AUGGAGUGCGAGGAUCAACUGGUAAUGGAAAAACUGUUAUCCGAUAGUGAUGCAACAAAUCAGCGAUUUGAAUUUCCGACGAAAAGCCUGAUCAACUUUCCCAUGCCUGCAGAUCAAAAUUAUUUUAAUUUUGUUGCAGUGGACAUGGUAGGCCAGCCACGGGAACUCAAGAUCUCCGUUCGCAAUGAGGGAACACAUAAGAAACCUUGGAUGUCUGGCCAAUGGCGGCGCUAUGUUCUUGACAAAGGGCUGAAGAAAGGCGAUAGAGUUAAGUUGAUUAUGCAAGUGAGAGAGAACGGUGUCAGGAGUUAUCCUAGCUUUGGUUCACUAGAAAUGGACCAUGUGGAGGUGAUGAGCAAGUUGCUAUCGGAGAGCGACGCAACCAAUGAUCGACUCGAAUUUCCAUCUAGGAGCUUAGGAGGGUUCCCCAUUUCUGCUGAUAACAAGCAAGUCCACUUUGAUGCGUUGGACAUGCUAGGGCAAUCAUGGAGUCUUAAAAUCUCCAUUCGCAAGAAGGGAUAUCCAAAACCAUGGAUAUCCGGUGAAUGGGGGCUUUAUGCUCGUCAGAAAAGGCUAAGGCAAGGAGAUAGAGUGAGGUUAACUAUGGCUGUGCAAGAGAAUGGAGUUAGAAAUAUUUAUCAUAUUGAAGCUGAAAGACAUCUAGCAAUGGGCAUGUGGAUUCCAAUUGAAGAGUGGCAUAAGCUAGAAAUGGAAAAUUAA